CCUAAUUCUUAAUUAAGAUAAAACAACCUUGAAUUGCAUUGAAUUGUUUUUAAAACUAUUGGAAAAUCCCCACAACUUCUUCUGUUCCUGUAAAUCCCUACAUUUCCACUGACAUUCCUCAUAUAUCUGCCGCUUCUGCAGAUUGUUCUCCUCAUACCUGUACUAAACCUGUUACCUGUAAUAUUUUAAUUGGGAUUCUCAAUCUCUGUCAAAUUCGUAAUGCUUUUUUUUAUUAUUAUUUCCUUUUCGGAAUUCUGUUCUGAUGGGUCUCUGAUUUUGGAGUUAUUUUGAGAUGGGUAUUUGGUAUUUAUGAGUUUCAUGAGAUACUUGAAGAGGGUUUUUGCUGUAAUUCUAUAUUGUAUGAGAUAUUUUUGAAAAGGGUAUUCGCCAAGUCAGUGUCUUUUGUGGUCCUUUCUCUCUUUUAUCACUUUCUCUGUGUAUGGAGUGGAGUUUGCGGGAGCUUGGUAGGUGUCCAGUUGGUCAGGUCUGCUAUUUAUAGAAAAAGGUCAGACGUUUCUUUAUUGGAAGUUGGUUGGGGAGUGAAUUCUAAGCAAAGCUGAUAAUCGCCGGACAACCCCCACAAUUUUUGUCUUUAUUGUCUGAACCGGUUGGAUUUCCAUCCCUUUCGUCUUGCUUACAUUGUUUGCAAGCUUUGAAUCAUCAAUCAAGUAUUGUUUGAAUUCUGCCCCAAUGGAGUUGUUUCAUUUUCAUUUCUAAGUUUCAAUCUGUUUUGCAAUUUGGCAAUUUUCCUGGGAUGCAUUGAGAAAUUGCUUGAUGGGAAUUUGCAGAUGGAGUCUAUCAGAAGAGUGAGGAGAUACUGAUAGUGAGGUGGAACUGGAGAUGGAUCGGAGGAGUUGGCUUUGGAGGAGGAAGUCUUCGGAGAAGAGUCCAGGAGAAACGGAGAGUUCUGGAUCGUUAUCUUCUCAUUCUGAAAAAUUCUCUGAUGAUCAGGGAUAUCCAACUCAUAAUACUCAAUCACCAGAGGUCACAUCUAAACCUAUACCUGCUGAUGAAGAAGUUAAUGAUAAUGUGAAGAUUCUUAAAGAAAAACUGUCUGCUGCUGUUCUGAAUAUUAGUGCGAAGGAAGAAUUGGUAAAGCAGCAUGCCAAAGUUGCAGAAGAAGCUGUCUCAGGCUGGGAAAAAGCUGAUAAUGAAGUGGUGGUUUUAAAGCAACAACUUGAGGCUGCUACUCAGAAAAACUCAGCACUUGAAAAUCGAGUUGGUCACCUUGAUGGAGCUCUCAAGGAGUGUGUGAGGCAGCUUCGACAAGGAAGAGAAGAGCAAGAGCAGAAAAUUCAAGAAGCUAUUGGCAAGAGAAUUCAUGAAUGGGAAUCUACGAAGGCUGAGCUUGAACACCAGCUUCUAGAGCUCCAGACCCAGCUCAAAACAGCUAAAACUGAAACUGUUGCCUUAGUUGAUUCUGAUCAUUAUCGGAAGCUUGAGGCUGCAGAAAGAGAGAAUUCACGCCUGCAGCUCGAGCUUCUUUCUCGAGCAGAGGAGAUAGAAUUUAGGAUUCUUGAGAGGGAUUUGAGCACCGAAGCAGCUGAAACAGCUAGCAAACAACAUUUGGAGAGCAUAAAGAAGGUGGCUAAGCUGGAAGCUGAGUGCCGCCGGUUAAAGGCUGUUGCUCGUAAGAUGUCUCCAGCUAACGAUCACAGGUCUUUCUCUGUGUCCUCAAUUUAUGCUGAAUCUUUCGCAGAUAGCCAAUCAGACAACGGGGAGAGGCUACUGGCAGUCGAAUCAGAUAUGCGAAAUGCAAGUAGCUCUAGGAAAAAUGAAGGUGAUCCUAGCCAAUCUGAGGCAUCUUCUGUAGUUACAGAACUUGAUCCAUUUAAGAACAAAAAGACUGUUACGAAAAACCUUGUGGUCCCUCCACUAGAAAUCAAUCUCAUGGAUGAUUUUCUUGAAAUGGAAAGGCUUGCAGCAUUGCCGGAUACAGCAAGUGGAAACUCUUAUCUUGAGGCUGGACCUGUAUCAGAUCAAGCCGAUAGUGGUGAAAGUGUAUUAAAAGCUGAACUUGAAGCAGCAACUUAUAGGACUUCUGAAUUGGAGGAGAAACUAGAAAAGAUGGAACAAGAAAAAGAAGAACUAGGUCUGGAAUUGGCCGAAUGUCAAAGGCAGAUUGAGAUAUCAAGAGGUCAGGUAAAGGAAGCGGAGAUGAAGUUAAUGGAGCUGAAUUCUCAGUUAGCUCUUGCAACUUGUAGGACUUCUGAACUGGAGGACAAACUAGAAAAGAUGGAACAAGAAAAAGAAGAACUGGGUCUGGAAUUGACCAAAUGUCAAAGGCAGAUUGAGAUAUCAAGAGGUCAGCUAAAGGAAGCAGAGAUAAAGUUAAUGGAGCUGAAUUCUCAGUUAGCUCUUGCAACUUAUAGGACUUCUGAAAUGGAGGAGAAACAAGAAAAGAUGGAACAAGAAAAAGAAGAACUAGGUCUGGAAUUGACCGAAUGUCAAAGGCAGAUUGAGAUAUCAAGAGGUCAGCUAAAUGAAGCGGAGAUGAAGCUAAUAGAGCUGAAUUCUCAGUUAGCUCUUGCAAAUGGAUCAAAGCAGGCUGCAGUGGACGAGAUGACAGCCACUGAUGGACAGAGAAAAAUGGCAGAGUCGCAACUCAGAGUUGCUGAAGAUGAGAUCAAAACCUUGGGUUUAAAAAUUGGUUCAUUAGAAGCAGAUCUAGAGAACGAGCGUGCUUUGUCUGCAGAAAAUAUAGCUAAGUGUCAGAAAUUGGAUGAUGAGCUUCUGAGAAUGAAAAAUGAAGCUAAGCUCAAGCAUGAGGCUGCGUUCCAGUCUGUGGCAAGCGUAAAUGCAGAAUCGAAGAUAAAACAGGAUAAAGAGCUGGCAGUGGCUGCUAGUAAACUCGCCGAGUGCCAGAAAACAAUUUCAUCUCUUGGUCGUCAGUUGAAAUCUCUUGCAACAUUGGAAGAUUUCUUGAUUGACUUCGACAAGCCAGUGAAUCUCACCAACGAUGGUUUGCCCUCUUCCAGAAGAGGCUUCCAGUGAUUUGUGUUUUACCAGAGGUAAUUCUGAUGAAUUUCCAAAAGCUGUCAGCAACAAAGUCAUAGCAUUAUGGAUGAAAAGAGCCGAAAUGGGAUUGGAAAGAUUAUACCAGAGGUUGGAUUACUUCAUAUAAACAGAGAAUUCGAUGAAAAUGGAGGAAGCAGUUUUGAGUCUGUGCAAUGUAAGAGGGUUUCCUCCUGGUUAUCAUGAGACUGUAAAUUCAGAAUUUUGGAUCCACACUUGUAACCAAUUUUAGAGUAGGAAAUAAAUAACUAUAAUAAAAUCCAAAAGAAUAUCUAUUUAUAUAUAUAAUUACAUUUUAAUUUUUAAA